AUGGAGAAUUUCGAAGAGAUUAACAAGCUUACUGGUGGUCUCCGCCAUGUUCGCAUUCGUGAUGCUGACGAACUGAAAAAGUACGCGGUUCCAGUGGACACUGUCCCUCGUCCUGGAUUCAAUACUACUGGCAAGGAGAUUGAAGUCCAGAUGAACGCCUACCCGAUUAUCAAGUUCCCCAACAAAACGAUCUACCAGUACGAUGUCCACGUUGGCAACGGAGCUGAAAAGAACGUUGUGAUCAAGAAGGUCUGGGAUUCGAACGCCAGAAAAUCUGCCCUAAAGCAGAUUAUUUUCGAUGGUUCAAAAUUGGCCUGGUCCAUGAACAACUACCCAAAUGGCCUGAAUGCCAUGGUCGACUUGGAUGCUGAACAGGGUCGCGCUGGUAGGACCUCGAAUGUCUUCCGUCUUGUUGUUCGCCCGACCAAAACCGUGAAUCUUGCCGUUUUGAACGCUUGGUUGCAGGGCAGAACUUCAAUGCAGGAGUCUGUUCUGGAAGCCCUCAACUUCCUGGACCAUGUUCUUCGUGAAUACCCAAGUGGUAGAUUUGUCGCCAUCAAGCGAUCCUUCUUUGAUCCCAACGGCGAAAAUCGCGACCUGGGAAACGCCGUCCUCGCUUUCAAGGGCGUUUAUCAAGCUAUCAGACCUGCUCUUAAUCGCGGUCUCAUUGUCAACAUCGACGUCUCAAACACUUGCUUUUGGGCUCGCAUUUCGUUCAUGGGAGCUGCUAUGGCCGUUCUUGAUGCCAGAGAUCAUCAGCAUUUGACGCAUCUGCUUCGUGCUGCGCCCGAUGGCUUCGGUGGAGUCACUGAAUCUCAUGGAUUCUACGAGGUCCAUCGACGGCUCCGGAAGCUGCACGUACAGCCACACUAUGCCGGAUGCCCUGUCAGCGGUACCACGUUCGUUGUGAAAGGGCUUCUCAAUGCCCACGCACGUCAGUAUACGAUUGACAUCAAAGACAAGGCCACCGGCGUGGUCGAAACGAUGACCGUGGACGCCUACUUCAAAAAGAAGUACAAUCUGAUCUUGAACAACUGGGAGCUCCCUAUGGUCGAAAUGACCAAGAAAGGGGUUGUCUAUCCUAUGGAGGUUCUGACCAUCCACGGACUUCACAAGUAUCCCUGGAAAUUGAACGAGUGGCAGACCUCCGCCAUGAUCAAAUAUGCGGCGUCUCGUCCUGCUGAGCGUUUGAGCUUUAUCCAGAAGUCCAAGGAGAUGCUUGAGCAUUCUGCCGACCCUGUCCUGAGAAGUUUUGGUCUCCAGGUUGACGCCAACAUGAUUCGCACCAAGGCUCGCCUCCUGCCCAAUCCAGAAAUCCAAUUUGGAGGCAACCAGCGCCUUAAUCCAGGAACCAACGGUCGCUGGGACCUCCGGGGCAAAAAGUUCUAUCAACCCAACAAGAGACCACUGGAAAGUUGGAGCAUCGGAUUCUUUCCCGGGAAGCGCAAUGCCAUCAACAAAACCCAAAUUGAAAAGUUCGCGGACGGGUUUAUGAAGACCUACGCUGGACAUGGAGGCAGUGUUCCCAAUCGCCCCCUAGUCGUUGAACUGAAAGAGGAUGUUGCGGAGGCCCUCAAGAAGCUUUACAACUCCACCGGCCUGAAGUUCCAAAAGGAUCCACAGCUGUUGAUCAUUGUCGUUCCUGACAAGAAUUCCUUUACUUACAGUCGUAUCAAGAAAUCCUGCGACUGUCGCUGGGGUGUUCCGUCGCAGUGCCUCCAAGCGGCUCAUGUGGCAAAAGCCAACCCUCAGUACAUCUCCAACGUGUUGAUGAAGGUCAAUGCAAAGCUCGGUGGCACCACUGCCCGCAUUGUGCCCAAGGUCAAGGAAGCUACAUUUCGCGCUAACUCGAUGAUCAUUGGGGCGGAUGUUACGCAUGCUCCUAUGGGUGUGUGGUCCCCGUCGAUGGCUGCCAUGUCAGUAUGCAUGGAUUCGUUCGGUGGCCGCUACUGGGGCGCCUGUGAGGCAAACGGAGACCGUACUGAAAUCAUCGCACGUGCUAAUAUCGAACAUAUGCUGACCCCUCUUGUUCGUGAAUGGAUGGCGACAGUUGGACAGGGACGCGCCCCCGAGCAUGUCUACUACUUUCGCGAUGGAGUUUCCACGGGAGAAUUUGAACAUGUCCUGAAACAGGAAGUUUUCGACAUGAAGUCUAUCUUCAUGAAGCUCACUCAGGAGCAGUGGAAGGGCAAGUUUACUGUCAUCAUUGCGAACAAGCGUCAUCAUCUCAGGGCCUUCCCCAGACCCGGAGAUCGCAAUUCGGCCGAUAGAAACGGCAACCCUCUUCCGGGAACUCUCAUUGAAAAGGACGUUACUAGUCCACAUGAUUGGGAUUUUCUUCUCUAUUCGCACAUCGCGCUGCAGGGAACAUCGCGCCCCGUUCACUACCAUGUGAUUCUUGAUCAGAUCGGCCACAAGGCACAGGAGCUCGAAAACAUGAUCUAUGACCACUGUUAUCAGUACAUGCGCUCCACCACCUCAGUGUCGUUGUUCCCGGCCGUUUACUAUGCGCAUCUAAUCUCGAAUCGCGCCCGCCCUCAUGAGGAUGUGCCGGCCAGUUCUGGCCCUCAGAGCGGCCCUGAGGUCAAACUUACCAACCCCAAGCCUAAGAACAAGGCCGUAGAUCCCAGACUGCUUCCUAUCCAUGGCACCUCUAACCGCUUGCCCUUCGGUAUGUGGUACAUCUGA